AUGGGAAUUUUCAGAUCCGAGACUAUGGUACACGGUACCCUAGUCAUUCCUCACGAAAGAGCAAGAAGCUGCAUCGACCUCCUGAGUAGACAUACAAACAUACAAUAUAUCGAUAUGAACGAAAGAAGAAUGGACCGACCAUAUAAGAAGUAUGUACAACGUAUAGAUCACAUGGAGAGAAUGAUAAGAGUUUUGUACGAAGAAAUAGCGAAACUACCCAACUCAAAGAUAGUUAGGCACAACAUAGACAACUUCCUGGAACAUGAUAACAUGUACAGACUAGAUCAAGUGGAAGAAUCACUGGUCAAACUGUACGACCAGUUCCAAAUGUUCAAGGAAAACGAUUCACUCCUUAGGUUGGAAAGAGACGAGGCACUUAGUGAAUACUACGUCUUGUUAGUGGCAUCUAAACAGCUUAGCUUGAUAACACCGGAUAGAUCUUUCUCAGAUAUUCCAAACACAAUUUCACUGCCAGUAACAAACCUAGAUGAGUCGUCUGAUUCUAGAGAACACUUGUUAAACGACAACACUCAGUCUGAUACUGAAAUGAUUAACCUUUCACCCUAUGACUUGAGCUCAAGGACCUCAUCGUCAAUUUCAUUCACUAACAUUGCAGGUUUGAUCAGUUCUCAGGAAAAGGAGGCUUUCUCCAGAGCAAUAUUCAGAGCAAUGAGGGGAAAUGUUUUCACGCUUUUACAUGACACUACCGAUUUGAGAGCAAUGGUCUUGAGUAAAGGUUUAGUGGAUCAGGAAGAGCUGGACGCAGAUAACGACAAGACGGUUUUCGUAAUUUACUGCCAAUCCUCAAACAACAAUGCAACGUACAACAAAAUCAAGAAGUUGUGUACAGGUUUUCAGGCGAAGUUGUUCAACUGGUGUAAGACCCAAUCUGAACUUGCUCCAAGGUUAAAAACACUAGAGGAUGUCAUUAAGGACAAGAAGAGAGCAUUAGAGGCAUAUAAAGAGUAUUUUAGAAGUGAAAUAGCUUGCUUGUUGGAAGUUAUAAGACCAGGAGGAAACAGCGUGAUAGAAGAGUGGUUUCUGUUUUGUAAAAAGGAAAAAUAUCUGUACUAUAUUCUCAACCACUUCGAAGGCAGUGAUAUCACACUGCGAGCAGAUUGCUGGUUUCCAGCAGAUGAGGAGGAAAAGAUAAGAGAACACCUUUUGGCUGAGAAAGCAUCAGGUUCUGUUAGUGCGCUUUUGCUAGUUGAUAUUCAGGCUCCGUUCGUAUCAGUACAUCCAUUACAUCCAGGAUCCCAUGAGAAUCUGUCACAUAUCCCGCCCACGUAUAACAAAACUAACAAGAUCUCAAAGUCAUUUCAGAAUGUGGUGGACACUUAUGGGAUAUCGAGGUACAAAGAAGUUAACCCAGCGCCGUUCACUGUGAUGACGUUUCCGUUCCUGUUCGGGUUGAUGUUUGGAGACAUCGCCCACGGCUUCUGCGUUAUCUUGUUCGCCCUCUUCCUGAUACUCUACUAUCGCAAGCUUAAGAGGAAGUUCUCAGGAGAUAUUGCAAACAUGAUUUUGGAGGGGAGGUACAUGAUUUUGCUCAUGGGAAUAAUGGCCACGUACGCGGGUUUUAUAUACAACGACUUCCUCUCACUCCCAAACUCUUUCUUCGGAACAGGGUGGGUUUCAAACGGAACCCCUCCAGAAGGAGGCUCAGAGAGUGACGGGACGUACGUAGAAACUCUGGUGAAGUCAGCCAAAAAUUUCCCAGUUGUGUUCGGACUCGACUCAGCCUGGAUAGGUGCAGUGAACGAGCAGUCUGUUCUCCACUCGUUCAAAAUGAAAUUCUCAGUGAUAUUUGGCUUCUUCCAGAUGACGUUGGGGAUUGUGCUCAAGGGCUUCAAUGCUAUUUAUUUCUCUAGUGUACUGGACUUCUUCUUCGAGUUUGUGCCCCAGCUCGCAAUGAUGUGCUCCUUCGUGGGAUACAUGAACUUCCUGAUCUUCCACAAGUGGCUGACGCCAGUUGAUAGCGGGUACGCAAAGCCAAGCAUCAUCACAACGCUGAUUGACAUGUGUAUGAUGAAGACCCUGGAGCCCCAUGAGAUCAUGUACGAAGGCCAACAGACAGUCCAGAGGGUUUUAAUGAUAAUUCUGAUACUCUCCGUACCAAUGAUGCUUAUUCCAAAGCCACUGAUCCUCUACUUCACAAUCAAGAAACAAGGAAGAACCCGCACAAAUAAUAAUUCAACACGAGAUUACGAGAUGGUUUACUGUGGACCCGAGGAGGAGGACCUUGAGGCUAUCGCAAGGGAGAAUGUACCUAACUACCCCCAUAGAAGAAGCAGCCUUGACCUCGGAGUGGACAAGUUCAAGAAGGUCGAUGCCAAAAACAAGGAUAACCAGUUUUCAGUAACGAUACAGAAGGAUGAGAACGAGGCUGUCCCCUCUGAACCCCACCACGCUCCUAAGCUUUCUGAGCUUUUCAUACACCAGUUUAUAGAAACAAUAGAGUUCACGCUGGGCACUAUCAGUAAUACAGCAUCAUAUCUGAGGCUUUGGGCACUAUCACUCUCUCACCAGCAGUUAUCCUUGGUGCUUUUUAAACAGCUCAUUUUAAACUGCCUCGACAGCUCCACCAGCCUAUUUGUUAUGAUUUUCGGACUCUUCAUCAGGUCCAUCUUCUUCUCAGUCUUCACAUUUUUCAUCAUGCUUUGUAUGGACUCACUCGAGUGUUACCUACACGCACUACGUCUGCAGUGGGUUGAGUUCCAGAACAAGUUCUUCAAGGCUGACGGAAGGUUCUUCAGACCCUUCAACAUUAAACUACUACUGGAUGAUCCGACAAUUAUGGAACCCAAAUAA